AUGGCGAGAUCCAAAGGUACCAUCCUUGUCACGGGCGCAAAUGGAGGCCUCGGUUGCGGUAUUAUUUCUCAUAUCAUCUCGACACUAGAACUCGCUCUCUACCAUGGUAUCUAUGUCGUUCGUGAUGCCACCCAAGCCUCAGCACUUGAGUCAGUCCUGUCCCGCGCCCCAAGCUCGCACAAUUAUCGCAUUGUGUCUCUUGAUCUGGCGAGCCUCGAGAACACACGGUCCAUUGCCCAAUCUCUCCGCACUGAAGUUGCUGAAGGGGCGAUCCCUCCAUUGUGCGGACUCAUAUUAGCUGCUGGGUAUAAUGAUAUGGGGCAGCAGAGUGAGACCGAGGAAGGCCUUGAUGUCGCCUUCGUUGCCAACUACUUGGGACAUUGGCUAUUGACCCUCAUGCUACUUCAAGCUAUGGACCGAGAGCACGGGCGAAUUGUAGUUGUCGGCAGCGAUUCUUACGAGUGUCUGGCUGCUUUCAUCGAUGAAGUUGGUUUAUUCAGGCGCAAGUACCUCUCCUUGCUUCCUCUGGUCUUCGAGAGUUGGGUGGAGGGAAAGGGCAAGGUUGACCCCAAGAUCAAGCAGGCCUUGAAGGAGGACCACGCUAUUAUUCGCGUGCCCAUACUCGCUAUGGCUGAGUGGGACACGGUCAGUUCUCUGUGGGAUUCGAGGUUGAGCUUCGUGAGAGGGACGGUCCCACGUUCGGUUAAACACGCAUUCAUGGCUAUCGCCAUUGAUGAGAGGAGAUGGAGCUUCCAACCCAUGCUGUGGACGCGUCAAGCGAAUUCCGACACCACACGAGUCCAGCAGUGUCUUUUUGCAGGCCACCACGGGGAUAUUGGGGGCGGUAACAUCGAUACGGGUCUCUCCACGAUCGCAUUGCUAUGGAUGAUGUCCCGGAUUGAGGAUAUUAGCGACGUCUCCUUCGAAUCGGGGGCGUUGUUGCAGUCAAUAGUACCUAUUCUGCCGAGGAACUUAUCAACGGAGAAGCUCUCUACAGGCCAACCAGCGCACGUCCUGAGGUAUGAAGGCCUACUAAGGUCCAAGGGUCAGGUGAAUGACCCGCCUUGGUGGUGGUCAAUCCCCCAUAAACUCUCGUUCGGCAUGAUCAGUGGCGACCGUGACCGCUGUGUGGGAGAGGCUGUUCGGAGCGGACACGGGUUGGGCAAGGAUAUCCAAGUCCAUUUCACCGUCCCGCUUCUAGCAAAAGGGGCCAUCAAAAGUCAUGCCAGCUCAGAUGGAUCUCACGAGGUUGAGCUGUGGAACGGGUUAAAGUUCCCGAUGUCGACCCCAACCCAGAAUGAAGUACGCCUCUGGAAGGCGUGGAGCGAGAAGGCUACGGAGUGGUAUCCUGACUCCCAGCACGGAAAGACAGACGAAAUGAAGAGGUGGGGUAGUGUCCUUGAGAAGCUUGGGAUGAAGCCUAUUGAGGGGAGUGGUGUUGAUCCGGUGGUACAUCGCGUGUUGCAGGAGAUGAAGAGCAAAUCGCCGGCUAUCCACCAGAAAUUCAGUGAAAAAAAGGAGAAUCAGAGCCGUCUCAAGGAGGGGGAGUCCCCGAAUUCUAAUGGUUCACCAAAGCCGCAAUAA